CUUCAGUGUCAUAGCCGAUCCCCAAGAAGAAGCAACAGGAUACGUAACUCGAACCGGUCGGAGUUUAUACAUAUAUAUAUAUAAAAAACAGACGUUAUACACAUCUAUCCACUCGGAAGGACAUAUACAUCUAUAGACCCAGUCAGCCGCCGCCUCUGAUAUGAAACUGUGGGUCGACGUCCUGCUUGUGCUUGCCGUGGUGCUCGGGCCUCCCGUGGUGACCGUCGGGAGCCUGCAGUACUACGGCCCCGAAGGAGUGAACUGCGGCCUCGUGCUCUCGGGGGUCUACCUCAUGCUGGUGGUCGUCGCGCUGGUCGUCAGGAGGAAGCGCCAGUCCGCGGGAGGCGACGACACUCUGCAGGCGAUCCGCGUGGCAGACUCGCCGCCGCCCUACGAGAUGGUCGCCGCCAAGCCCCCGCCGUACUCCGCGCUCUUCGCCUCCGCCCCGCCCACCGAUGACGUCAUCCGCCUCGCCAACGGCACCUCCCACAUCACCAGGACGUAUGUCCCCGUGCACGCCCCCCUUCAGGAUCCCGUCAGCCACAAGUCCUCGGCGAGUCCCCCCACGCUCUCCCUCGCGAGGCAGGAGUCCUAUGACGCGGGACUCCCGACGUACCAGGAGGCCGUGCGCUACAUCUCCCUGACGGCGCCCGUGCCCCGCGACUCGUGCAAGUGAGCGACGUCUUAGGAAGGCGACUGAACGUGCCUCUGCUCCCCCGCUUGACUUUGCCGGCGAAGGGCCUCCCCCGCGGCCGAGACGAUGGCAGACCCGGCCGGAGCGGCGACGUGCGCGUGGCAUCCUCGGACGUCGGGAAGGAGGUGUCCGCGCCAUGGGUGGAAAGCCCGAGACGAUUGAGAAGGAGAUAAGAAGGAGAUCAGAAGAAGAUAUGACGACGAGGAGGUCAAAGGCAAUGACGGAGAGAAAACAAAGUCCUUUCCUGGACUGGCAACUGCGUCCGCCUCAGGGACUCCAGGGAUUCCUUCACAAGGACCUACUCUACUUCGAGGGACUCUUGAAAAAGUCCUUUGUGGAUCUCUUUGCUCUGGAUUCCCAAGAAAUGGAAA